AUGUUUCAGCUUAAUGUCUGUUCGUUUGAAAUCAGAGACUUCCUUCCAGCUUUCUAUAUCCACUAUAUCAAUCUUCAUUAUCUACCAAUAUUCAUUAUCUAUUUUCAUUAUCUAUCUAUCUAUCUAUCUGUCUAUCUAUCUAUCUAUAUAUCUUCAGUAUCCAUCUACAUUAUAUAUAUCGAUAAUCAUUAUAUCUAUCUAUAUUCAUUAUCUAUCUAUCUAUCUAUCUAUCUAUCUAUCUAUCUUUUCUACCUUCAUAUCUACCUAUCUUUAUGCUUUUUUGUCUUCAUAUCUAUCUAUCUAUCUAUCUAUCUAUCUAUUCCGAUUAUUACGACCAUUUUUUUUAUACUUGAUGAACUAACUAAUCAUUUUGUUCCUACCUUCUUUGUCACUUUAUACUGUACUUUAUUUAAAUUGUCCAUUUUCCCUGUUUCUCUUCUCUUCUUGAAGGAAAGAAAGAAAGGUUAUAAAAAGACAGAAGUCUUUUUAUUACAUUUCUUUCUUUCUUUCUUUCUUUCUUUUUUACUGCCGUUAUCUUUCUUUACCCUGUCCAUUUCCCCUUUUUUCAUUUCUCUCUCUCUCUUUCUUUCUUUUUUCAGCUUUUUUCAUUUCUCUCUCUCUCUUUUUUCUUUUUUCAGCUUUUUUCAUUUCUCUCUCUCUUUCUUUUUUGAGCUUUUUCAUUUCUCUCUCUUCCUUUCUUUCUUUCUUUCUUUUUUUCCAGCUUUUUUCAUUUCUCUCUCUCUUUCUUUAUUUUUCAGCUUUUUCAUUUCUCUCUCUCUUUCUUUCUUUCUUUUUUCAGCUUUUUUCAUUUCUCUCUCUCUUUCUUUCUUUUUUCAUCUCUUUCUCUCUCUUUCUUUUUUUCAGCUUUUUUCAUUUCUCUCUCUCUUUCUUUCUUUUUUCAGCUUUUUUCAUUUCUCUCUCUCUUUCUUUCUUUCUUUUUUCAGCUUUUUUCAUUUCUCUCUCUCUUUCUUUCUUUCUUUUUCAGCUUUUUUCAUUUCUCUCUCUCUUUCUUUCUUUCUUUUUUCAGCUUUUUUCAUUUCUCUCUCUCUUUCUUUCUUUCUUUUUUCAGCUUUUUCAUUUCUAUCUCUCUUUCUUUCUUUUUUCAUCUCUUUCUCUCUCUUUCUUUUUUUUUUUUUUUGGCUUUUCAUUUCUCUCUCUCUCUUUCUUUCUUUUUCAGCUUUUUCAUUUCUCUCUCUCUUUCUUUCUUUCUUUUUUUCAGCUUUUUCAUUUCUCUCUCUCUUUCUUUCUUUCUUUUUUUCAGCUUUUUUUUCUCUCUCUCUUUCUUUCUUUUUUUUCCAGCUUUUUUUUCUCUCUCUCUUUUCUUUCUUUUUUCAGCUUUUUCAUUUCUCUCUCUUUUUCUUUCUUUCUUUCUUUUUCAGUUUUUUUCAUUUCUCUCUCUCUUUCUUUCUUUCUUUCUUUUUCAGCUUUUUUCAUUUCUCUCUCUCUUUCUUUCUUUCUUUCUUUUUCAGCUUUUUUCAUUUCUCUCUCUCUUUCUUUCUUUCUUUCUUUUUUCCUUUUCAUUUCUCUCUCUUUCUUUCUUUUUUUUUUUCAGCUUUUUUCAUUUCUCUCUCUCUUUCUUUCUUUCUUUUUUCAGCUUUUUUCAUUUCUCUCUCUCUUUCUUUUUUUUUUUUUCAGCUUUUUUCAUUUCUCUCUCUCUUUUUUUUUUCAGCUUUUUUCAUUUUCUCUCUCUUUCUUUCUUUUUCAUCUUUUUCAUUUCUCUCUCUCUUUCUUUUCUUUUUCAUCUCUCUCUCUUUCUUUCUUUUUUCAGCUUUUUUCAUUUCUCUCUCUUUCUUUCUUUUUUCAGCUUUUUUCAUUUCUCUCUCUUUCUUUCUUUUUUCAGCUUUUUUCAUUUCUCUCUCUCUUUCUUUCUUUUUUCAUCUCUCUCUCUCUGUCUUUCUUUUUUCAGCUUUUUUCAUUUCUCUCUCUUUCUUUCUUUUUUUCAGCUUUUUUCAUUUCUCUCUCUCUCUGUCUUUCUUCCUUUCUUUUUUCAGCUAUUUUCAUUUCUCAUUCUUUCUUUUUUCAGAUUUUUCAUUUUCUUUCUUUCUUUCUUUCUUUCUUUCUUUCUUUCCAUAA